UUUCUUCCUCCCCUUUUCCUUUUUUCGCCGUGUUCUGCUGGGGACUCGUGAAUGGCAGCCAAUGGGAGGGUUGAGUCCCCUCAGCCUCUCAGCCUCCCUGACAUCCACAGCGAGAAGUGAUGCAGCGCGACUGAGACGCGCAGUUGAGGUGGAACAACGGGCAACAAAAGCUGCAGUGAACGGAUACACUUGGCUCCGACGUGCGCCUUCACAGCCCUGGGAAAAUUUCCUCCUAGAAUAAACUUCAUUAUCAGGUGCAGUUUUCCGCUCUAUGUGAGUCUGAGGAGCCUUUCCUGCUUCAGUAGAUUACAGCAUGAGGACCAAUCCGAUACUCUGACCAAAGACCACUGGACACAGACCACUUAGGGGGGAGAAGACUGUUGUGGUGGUGGGGCCAUGGAUAGAAGGAAAGUUUGCGUAUUGAUGGUGCUGUGGGCCAUGGCCAACCUCAGCUCUCCAGGGCACAGCCUCAGGGCCCUGCGAAGGACUACAGGGGGGCGGAGGGGGUCCACAGGGCUGACAGGACAGGACGCCAAUGGAGUUCCGCUCAGGCGCUCCAAACGAGGUUGGAUGUGGAACCAGUUCUUUUUGUUGGAGGAGUACACCGGGACAGACAUGCAGUAUGUCGGAAAGCUUCACUCAGACUCAGAUCGAGGAGAUGGAAGCGUGAGAUACGUCCUCACAGGUGAGGGAGCGGGGACCCUUUUCAAGAUAGACGAGAAGUCAGGAGACAUCCACGCCACCAAGAGGCUGGACAGGGAGGAGAAGGCCUACUACAUCCUCCACGCCAAAGCUGUCAACCGUUUCACCAACGAGGCCCUGGAGGGUCAGUCCGAGUUCAUAAUCAAGAUCCACGACAUCAACGACAAUGAGCCUCGGUUCACCAAGGACCCGUACAUGGCCAGCGUCCCUGAAAUGUCUGACAUCGGCACCUCUGUAAUUCAGGUGACAGCCACAGACGCAGACGACGCCACCUACGGGAACAGCGCCAGGGUGGUGUACAGUAUCUUGGAGGGCCAGCCGUACUUUUCUGUGGACCCAGAAACCGGCCUGAUCAAGACAGCCCUGCCUGGCAUGGACAGGGAAGUCAAGGAAAACUACCAGGUUGUGAUCCAGGCUAAAGACAUGGCUGGACAGAUGGGCGGCCUCUCAGGAACCACCACAGUCAGCAUCACCCUCUCCGACGUGAACGACAACCCGCCACGCUUCACCAAAACCCUGUACGAAUUCCGAGUGCCCGAGUCCACCGAGCUUGGCUCUGUGGUGGGAGUGAUCCGGGCGAUGGACGCAGACAUCGGUGAGAACGCAGAGAUGGACUACAGGAUCAUGGGGAGUGACGGUCCCGGCAUGUUUGAUAUCACCACCAACAGGAGCACACAGGAGGGCGUCAUCGUGUUGAGGAAGCCUCUGGACUAUGAGAGGAAGCGGCAGUACAGUCUCCGUGUUCAGGUGGAAAAUGUUCACGUCAACCCUCGCUUCUACUCCGUCGGGUCCUUCAGGGACGAGGCCUCCAUCAAGAUCAUUGUGGAGGACGUGGAUGAGCCGCCGGUGUUUGAGCGUUCCAGCUACGUCAUGGAGGUCAAAGAAGACGCAGCCAGGAACACCGUCAUUGGCUCCGUUAGUGCGUCUGAUCCUGAUGACAAAAACAGUCUUGUCAGGUACACUAUUGAUCGGCGCACAGACAUGGACAGAGUGUUCGACAUCCAUACGGGCAACGGGUCAGUGUUCAUCCUCAGGGAGUUGGACAGAGAGGAGAACGCCUGGCACAACAUCUCCGUCAUCGCCGUGGAGUUCAACAACCCGCGACAGAUCAGCCGCGUGCCUGUUUACGUCCGAGUGCUGGACGUCAACGACAACGCUCCGACAUUUGCCACCAAUUAUGAGACAUUUGUAUGUGAGAACGCUAAGGCUAAUCAGAGGAUACAAACCGUGAGCGCCACAGAUCCCGACGAGCCACUCGGAGGACACAGAUUCUUCUUCAGUCUUGCACAGGAGACUGCUGGGAAGGCUAACUUCUCUGUCCGUGAUAACAAAGACAACACGGCCUGGAUCCUGACCCGGAGGAACAGCUACAACAGUCUACAGAAGAGCAUCUACCACGUGCCUGUGGUCAUUUCUGAUGGCGAGUUCCCCAUGCAAAGCAGCACCAACACCUUGACAAUCAGAGUGUGCACCUGCGACCGCGAGGGCAACAUGAAGCUGUGCAACGCUGAGGCACUCACAGCGCGGGCGGGACUCAGCACGGGAGCUCUGGUGGCCAUUUUGCUUUGUGUCAUCAUUCUGCUCAUGAUUGUGGUGCUGUUUGCUGCCCUGAGGAGACAGAGGAAGAAGGAGCCUCUGAUCAUCUCCAAAGAGGAUGUCAGAGACAACGUUGUCAGCUACAAUGACGAAGGGGGCGGAGAGGAGGACACUCAGGCCUUUGAUAUUGGCACGCUGCGCAACCCAGAGGCCAUUGAGGAGAGCAAGCAGCGGAGGGACAUUGUCCCCGAGACCUUCUACCCUCCAGUUCGACGGGCUGUGCUGCCCCCAACCCGGGACAAUAACGGGGAUGUGAGAGACUUCAUCAGCCAGAGGCUCCAGGACAACGACAGCGACCCAACGGCGCCGCCUUACGACUCCCUGGCCACCUACGCCUAUGAGGGAAACGGCUCUGUAGCGGAGUCUAGCUCACUCGAGUCGGUGACCACCGAAGGCGACCAGGACUACAACUACCUGAGCGAGUGGGGACCCCGCUUUAAGAAACUGGCAGACAUGUAUGGGGGCGACGACAGUGACAGGGAUUCCUAACGAGAGCCUGGCACACAGACAGGGAGAGAAAUGUGAAACAAAACACGUUUAAAACAUUUGGGCAAUUCUGGUGCAUGUGUGGCGAGAAAAAUGGCGAAAGGACGAGAAAAGAGCACCAUUUGUCCGAGUGCUCUUUCACCGCCAUCGAUCACCAUUCAGUUGUACCUCCGGUGACCAGACGUAGGCUUUGUGUGUCCAGUCAGUGUUAGUUGCAUUUUUUGCGAGGGUGCUGUUAAAAGAGACUGUUUGUGUGUAUAUGGGGUGUACAUGAUGCCCAAAUAUAUCUAUACCGAUAUUUUCUUUUUUUUGUUUGUUUUUCCAAAGCUGCGUGUGAUGGACACGUUCAACAAGCAGUUUUGUAAACCAACAGAUAUGCCUAUGUAUUUUUCAGUGUUUCUGGGACAAAAAAACAUGCUGCAUAUUGUGAGUUCUAUCUUAGCUUGUGUACGUACGGUAAUAUGAUACAAUACGCUGUACAGUUGUUUUGUUUUUUGGGGGAUUUUGAUUGUCCAAAUGAUCCCCUCUUUCAGCGAUGGCUGCCUCACAUUAGCCACUUAUCCACAGUUGUGCUUGAGUUAAUUGAGACAAUUUUGGCACUGCCAUCUCUGAUGAAAAUGAGGAAUCUCAAUACAAAUUAGAUGGCAAAGAUGUACAUCAUCAAAACAUGUGUUAGUUGUGGCACGUGGCUACUGUUCUUUAAAGCUUACAUGAAGCUGUGGUAAAGGAAUGUGGAUUUUACAGCCAAAACAAACACACAAGUUUGUCAUUUUUGUAGUAUGUGAUAUUCAUCGUCACACAGCUUUGAGCAUUCGCUGCGCGGUUGGCCCAAACACCAAAUCUUUCUUUAUUGAGGUGAAUGUCUUCAAAACCAUUUUAUUCUGUGCAGCCAACUCUUUAAGUACAUAUAUUAUUUUCUACGCUACGACUGGUAUAAAUUCACCAAUCUAAUCUGCACCAGGCUCAGUUAGAGGAAAAUACUGGUCUUUUUGGACUUUUCCGCUCAUCUCGACCGCAAAAAUAUGUAAAUGUUUCACUCUGUUCAACACCAUGUAAGUCACAAUAACCCCCAUUGCUGAAAAGAUGCCACUGAGCUUCAAACUACGGUAUCACAGUUAGAUUAAAUGAAAUAUCAUGCAAUUUUAUUUUCUUAUAAACAUUAUCCUGCAGCAGGAACAGAUUACGUUUGGUUUUAAAGUGAUUUAGAUAAAAAAAAGGAAAACAAAGAAAAGAAGCAACAUUGUCAAAUUUCCUUGAGACAUCACAACUAUGAAUAAACACUUUUAAAAUAAAGAGGUCUGGUGGAACUGGGAGGGCAGAAUGAUAUCAAGAUAUAUCAAGUAAAUGUUUCACUCUGUACAACAUGGCAACUCCCAGUGCUGAAAAGAUGCCACUGAACUUGAAAGUACGGUAUCAAAAUGAGAUUAAAUGAAAUAUCUCGAGGACGAUUAAAAUUCAUCAUGCAAUUUCAUUUUAAAUGGUUCAUUUUAUCUGUUCAGGUGAUGAUAAAAACAGGAAAAGUAGCAUUCAAAUCAAUGUAUCAAGCAAGAAAAGUAUACACGUUUUUACUUGGACUGUGUCACAGUAAGUAUAAAAGCUUUACAGAGAAAGCAUCAAAGUCUAUAAUAGGAAUCAAAAGAGUUGCCUUAAAUUAGAAAAACAAAUCUACCCAAUAAGAAAUGGCCUGAAAACAAGGUUGUCUUUAUUUUGGUGUCAGAUUCUUCUCCAAAAGAAAGUUCAAAUGACCUUCUAAAAUGCACAAUAUGACAUACAGCAAUUAAACAUUCAUAAAGUUAGUUUUUCUUUUAAGGUAAAAUCUACACUUCUUUCAUGAAGACUGUGUCCUAAGAGGGGCCCUGCAGUCGAAUGUAUAAUAAUGUAAAAUAGCAGUUCAGUAAUGGAAAUGUGCCAAAAAGCAAAGGCCACCAGUAUUUUCCUUUAAAAAUCCUCCUAUUUCUGUACUCUGUUCCCUGCCCUUCAUUACAUGUCCCGUAUGUAGUGUUGAACAUGAAGCCAGUCCAAGUGUUUAGGCUUUACCCAACUGAUUUCCUGAGGGAUGAACAGCCUUUUCCAUAACUGCGCUCAUCAAGGGCCACCUGACCUUUUGAGUGUUGUGGAAUAAGGUUCUUAGGUGAGGUGUGUCCUCAGCUGAGGGAGAAGGUCAAAACUUUAUCCUGCAGCAGGAACAACAGAUGACCGGUUUUACAGCAAUUUAGAAAACAUAAAAAGGAAAAAAAAAAAAAAAAAAAGUUGCAACAUUGUCAAAUUUCCUUGAGACC